AUGCACACUCCCCCAGCGGUCCCGCUCUCCCCCACGCCCACCUCCGCCUCCUCGUACUCUCUUAUCACCUCCCUCGACGGUCUCUCCCUCUCCACCGGCUCACUAGACCACAUAAACCACUCCGAUCGCCAGAAUGCCGGACGUUCCGAGCGGAGCGCCCGGAGCUCUCACUCUCGCCAGUCAUCAUCUACCGGUAGUCACAUCUCCAUGCCGAGCAGCUCGGGCCGGUCAUAUCGGGCAGGACCAGACGCCGCCACACACAGCGAGUCGGACGAUUAUGAGGUGAUCCUCCUCCCGCGCAGUAUUGCUCCAUCCGUGACUGGAGCGUCAGCUGCUAGUACACAGCAGUCUAUAUCCAGAGCGGGCACACCCAGAAAGGAUCAGAGGACGGCGGUACCCGGGCGGGAUGCGGGGAGAUCACCCGCCCCCUCGACACCUGGCAAGUCGGCCCAAAUAUACCCAGUUUCGGGAGCCGCAACGCCGAAGCCUGCUCUUACAUGGCAGCAGCUGCAACUGCUCGAGGGGUCCGCCAAGAAGAUCCCUUUCUCCCCGGCGAGGCGGAGCGCUCAUCCCUCGGUCGCGUACGGCGGCAGCUCGGUCGCUGCCAGUGAUGCUGGCCUCACGUCGGUCAGCGGCAGUCAAGUGGACGGCGACGAACGGCGGAGGAUGGAGAAGCAGGCGAAGAAGGCCGCUGCGAACAAGGCGCGGAGAGCGAGGAGGAAGGUCGAAGCGAGAAUGGCGGAUUCGGAAACUCGGUCGAUAACCUCGGAGGCGCCGUCAUCAGUCAGCCAGACGACGAGUGCCUCUUACACAGGCUCCAGCCAUAAUGAUAUGAUCAAGGUGGACAAGGGGAAGGGAAAGCAGAGGCAGGGCCGUAGAGGUGGGGAAACGGCCAGGCGGCGUUUCGAGAACGGGCAGAACAGGGAAAUGGGCGCGGUGGAGGAUGCUUUGGGGCUGGACCCUUCUCCACCACCCCGAGCAGAGGACUACGCGACGACGUAUACCAUCUCCGGGACGUCGAGGGUCAUCGACCGAGCUGCGCUCGAGAUGCUGACGGGCGCGAAGGUAUCCGGCUCGCCAAGCCGGAAAUCGGUUCCUACACCUCCUAGGUCGAAUAUCCAGGCGGCGUCACUGCAGAAGCUACAUCUUCUCGAUCUCAUCAACAAUGGCGAGAAUGCUUCGUCAACGAACGGGAGCCAAGACGACGAGGAUGAAGACGAGGAGGAAGAGGUGGAUGGGCUGUCGGAUUUGGAGACGCCCGAGGUGUACACGGAUCUGGAUGGCGAGACGCCUGUGUCUAGUCCGAGGAGAAGGAGGACGGCGGGCAGUAUUACCUCUGCGGAUGAUGCGAGGUCUUCGAUCGACGGUUUCCUUCUCAACCCAUCUCAUCAGAUGUCGAAGGAGGAGACGCUUCGAUUCUGGCAGUCGCUAUGUUACGAGCUCGGUCUGGCCCAUAUCGACGAAGAGCCAUCCCUCCCUGACCUCCCCACUUCCUCCGCCGGUACCUCCUCUUCGAUUGAUGACACCUCCACAUCCUCGUCUCGCUCCUCCACCCCUACCCAAAUCGCCCGCCCCAUGCCACAGACCCUCUACACCGCUCGCGCACUCCUCAAAUCCGAAGGUCACGUCAAUAUCGCCGACUACUUUGACGCCCGUCAAGCCGAUGCCGAAGCUUCGGGAUCUAGCCUAGCAGAAGGAUCGGGACGAUACGCUCAUCUCGUACAGCCCAGCGUGUCGAGUAUGCGCAAGUAUACCAAGAGCAGCGGGCGGUUUGUGAACCUGAGCGUUGUCAAGGCGGAGGUGAUGCAGCCGUUGUUGAGGGACUUUGGGUUCAAGCGGGGCAGGGAGGCGAGAGAGACGAGGGGUGAGCAGGGUCAGGGACGGGUGGAGGAGUACCAGUGGGACGGGGAGGCGUAG